AUGUACAAAUCACAAUACAUAAGCGGCCAGAGAGAAAAAUUCGUUAGGUUAGAUGAUAUAGAUUCAACUUCUUCACCUGCGACUGGAAUGAUGAUGAAAGGAAACUGUUUCGGAUUUAACCUAAAGAAUCGAGGGGGAGGAGAAAAGAAGAAAGUAUCCAAAUCUUUCAGGGAAGGAGUCAAAAAAAUCGGAUCAGAAGGUCUAAUAACCAUCGGCAAAUCGGUUACAAGAGCCGUGUUUCCAGAAGAUUUGAGGAUAACAGAGAAGAAAAUAUUCGAUCCUCAAGACAAAACACUUCUCAUAUGGAACAGAUUGUUCGUCAUUUCUUGUAUUUUAGCUGUCUCGGUUGAUCCAUUGUUCUUUUAUCUUCCCGUUGUCGAUAAUUCCGGAAGCAGCUGUAUAGGGAUUGACACGAAGCUAGCUGUUACAACCACUACUCUUAGAACCAUCGUUGAUGUUUUCUACUUGACUCGAAUGGCUCUUCAGUUUCGUACAGCUUAUAUAGCUCCUUCUUCUCGUGUGUUUGGUCGCGGUGAGCUUGUCAUUGAUCCUGCAAAGAUCGCAGAACGCUACUUAACCCGUUAUUUCAUCGUUGAUUUCCUUGCAGUGCUUCCUUUACCUCAGAUUGCGGUGUGGAAGUUUCUUCACGGGUCUAAAGGAUCAGAUGUGUUACCGACGAAAACAGCAUUGUUAAACAUUGUGAUUGUGCAGUAUAUUCCUAGAUUCGUUAGGUUUAUUCCGUUAACAUCAGAACUGAAGAAAACUGCAGGAGCUUUUGCUGAAGGAGCUUGGGCUGGUGCUGCUUAUUAUCUCCUCUGGUAUAUGCUUGCAAGCCACGUAAGUUUCUCUAUGUAUAUAUAUAUGACUCUUCUUUUGAGACAUUUAUUUAUGAUUUAUAUACACUUGCAGAUAACUGGAGCGUUUUGGUACAUGUUGUCAGUGGAACGUAAUGAUACUUGUUGGAGAUUUGCUUGUAAAGUCCAGCCAGAUCCGCGACUCUGUGUUCAGAUUCUGUAUUGUGGGAGUAAAUUUGUGAGCAAUCGAGACACUGAAUGGAUCAAAACAGUCCCUGAGCUUCUCAAAAGCAAUUGUUCUGCUAAAGCAGAUGACUCAAAGUUUAACUAUGGGAUAUACGGUCAAGCUAUAUCUUCAGGCAUUGUAUCAUCAACAUCAUUUUUCUCCAAGUUCUGUUAUUGUCUUUGGUGGGGUCUUCAAAAUCUCAGCACGUUAGGUCAAGGGCUGCAAACAAGUACAUUUCCAGGAGAGGUUUUGUUUUCCAUUGCGAUUGCUAUAGCUGGGCUUCUUCUUUUCGCGCUUCUAAUCGGGAAUAUGCAGACUUAUCUUCAGUCACUUACUGUUCGUCUCGAGGAAAUGAGGAUCAAGAGACGUGACUCCGAACAGUGGAUGCAUCACAGGUCACUUCCACAAAAUCUGAGGGAAAGAGUCAGACGCUAUGAUCAAUACAAAUGGUUAGAGACAAGAGGUGUAGACGAAGAAAACAUUGUCCAGAGUUUACCUAAGGAUCUCAGGAGAGACAUCAAACGCCAUCUCUGUCUGAAUUUAGUUAGAAGGGUUCCUCUGUUUGCUAAUAUGGAUGAAAGAUUACUUGACGCGAUCUGUGAGAGAUUAAAGCCGAGUCUAUACACGGAAAGCACAUACAUUGUGCGUGAAGGAGACCCGGUUAACGAAAUGAUGUUCAUAAUCCGAGGUCGGUUAGAGAGUGUAACAACAGAUGGAGGAAGAAGUGGUUUCUUCAAUAGAGGGUUACUGAAAGAAGGAGACUUUUGUGGUGAAGAGCUUCUGACAUGGGCACUUGACCCUAAAGCAGGCUCAAACUUACCUUCUUCCACAAGAACAGUGAAGGCUCUGACUGAAGUAGAGGCUUUCGCUCUUGAAGCUGAAGAGCUGAAGUUUGUAGCAAGUCAGUUUAGGAGACUUCAUAGUCGACAGGUUCAACAAACUUUUAGGUUUUAUUCUCAGCAAUGGAGAACUUGGGCUUCUUGCUUCAUCCAAGCUGCUUGGCGUCGAUAUUCGAGAAGGAAAAAUGCCGAAUUGAGACGCCUUGAAGAAGAAGAAGAAGAAAUGGGUUAUGAUGAAGAUGAGUAUGAUGACGAAAGUGACAAGAGGCCUAUGCUUAUCACUAGAAGUGAGUCUUCUUCUAGGCUGCGUUCAACGAUAUUAGCAUCAAGAUUUGCUGCUAAUGCUUUGAAAGGGCACAGACGAAGGACCUCAGAGAGUUCAAAGACCUUGCUGAAUCUGCAAAAGCCUCCGGAACCUGAUUUUGGUGCCGAAUAAUAAAUUUCUUGUGCAGAGAGGCCAACAUAACAUCAGAACAGAGACUUUAUAAUUGAUUUAUACACAUAAAUUCUAUAUAUAUAACUUGUUUCAGAAACUGUAAGAUUAUCUACACGAGAGCCAAUGAUCCUUCAAAGACCUG